AUGCUCUCUACCGUCCUCCUCGGCGCUGCCGCCGUCAUGGCUGGCGUGGCCAAUGCUCAGGUCACCGCUACCGGCACCAUGGGUGUUACCAACCCCACUGCCGCCUCGCUCGGCACCGCCGUCAACAUGUCGUCGUAUGCCCGUCUUCUCUCGCUCAACGCCAUUGACGACUUCUGUGUCUUUGCUCCCCCCGAGACCGGAAGCACCAUUGGUGACACCGAGGCCAUCCAGGUCGCUUGGUGUGUCCAGCCCCGUAACGACGCCCGUGUCAUCCCCGACGGCACCCUCUCGGCUGUCCACUUUGUCCGUACCCCCCUGUACUGGCAGGUCCAGGGCUUUGGCGACUUCACCAGGAUGAACAUUGCCGAGGGCGACGAGGGUGGUGAGCUCGACCCCCACGGUGCCACCGGUGACGGCAACCCCGUCGGUGGCAACGUCACCUGCAAUGCCACCGGCUCGGACGUCUCGUACGAGGAGUGGAUGAACUACAUGUCGUACCAGCAGUUCUGUCUCCGUAUCUGUAUCGCCGAGAACUCGACCUACUCGGCCGCCAUCGAGUGCCAGCACACCCUCGACGAGAUGGGAUGCGCCUGGGUCAUGCCCGGUGACUACACCAACGGCACCUUUACCGACUGCGAGGCCGACUCUGCCUACCCUCCCGGUGUCUACCCCCUUGCCAACGGCACCACCUCGACCUUUGCUCAGCGUUACACCGGUUCGUACACCAACUCGGGCACCCUUGCCUACUGGACCAUUGGCUACACCUCGACCCCCCAGACCGCCGCUUCGACCCCGGCUUCGUCGUCGUGCACCACCUACUCGACUGUCUCGAACGGUAUCCCCACUGCUGCCCUCACCUCGGGUGCCUACUUUACCUACACCCCCGGCAUGACCUUCACCGACCUCCCCACCACGACCGAGUCGGCGUCGACCGUCAUCGAGUCGGCCCUCACCGACUCGGCCGGUGCCACCACCGGCACCGCCCAGGUCACCGUCGCCGCGACUGACGCCGCCGCCGUCUCGGCCUCGUCGUCCACGGCCGCUUCGGCCGGUCACGCCGUCUUUGCGCCCUCGACCGGCCUCGUCGCCGGCGCCUUCUCCGUCCUCGCCGCCCUCGCCGGCGUCGGUGCCGUCAUGCUCUAA